UCCCCGGCCUCGGAGGCUGUGACAAUGGACUAUGACUUUAAAGUGAAGCUGAGCAGCGAGCGGGAGCGGGUCGAGGACCUGUUUGAAUACGAGGGCUGCAAAGUUGGCCGAGGCACUUACGGUCACGUCUACAAAGCCAAGAGGAAAGAUGGGAAAGAUGAUAAAGACUAUGCUUUAAAACAAAUAGAAGGAACUGGGAUCUCUAUGUCAGCAUGUAGAGAAAUAGCUUUACUUCGAGAGCUUAAGCAUCCAAAUGUCAUCUCUCUUCAAAAGGUGUUUCUGUCUCAUGCUGAUAGGAAAGUAUGGCUUCUGUUUGACUAUGCGGAACAUGACCUCUGGCAUAUAAUCAAGUUUCAUAGAGCUUCUAAAGCAAACAAGAAGCCAGUUCAGUUACCUCGGGGAAUGGUGAAGUCACUAUUAUAUCAGAUCCUAGAUGGGAUUCACUACCUGCAUGCUAACUGGGUGUUGCACAGGGAUUUGAAACCUGCUAAUAUUUUAGUUAUGGGUGAAGGUCCUGAGCGAGGAAGAGUAAAAAUUGCUGAUAUGGGCUUUGCCCGACUAUUUAAUUCACCUUUGAAGCCUUUAGCAGAUUUGGAUCCCGUAGUCGUAACAUUCUGGUACCGAGCCCCAGAACUACUUCUUGGAGCAAGACAUUAUACCAAAGCUAUUGAUAUUUGGGCUAUAGGGUGUAUAUUUGCAGAACUACUAACGUCAGAACCAAUAUUUCACUGUCGACAAGAGGACAUCAAAACUAGUAAUCCUUAUCACCAUGACCAGCUGGACAGAAUAUUCAAUGUAAUGGGAUUUCCUGCAGAUAAAGACUGGGAAGAUAUUAAAAAGAUGCCUGAACAUUCAACAUUAAUGAAAGAUUUUAGAAGAAAUACGUAUACCAACUGCAGCCUUAUCAAGUAUAUGGAAAAACACAAAGUUAAACCAGAUAGUAAAGCAUUCCACUUGCUUCAGAAGUUGCUUACUAUGGACCCAAUAAAGCGAAUUACCUCAGAACAGGCUAUGCAGGAUCCCUACUUCUUAGAAGACCCACUUCCUACAUCAGAUGUUUUUGCUGGUUGUCAAAUCCCUUACCCAAAACGAGAAUUUUUAACGGAAGAAGAACCCGAUGACAAAGGAGACAAAAAGAACCAGCAGCAGCAACAGGGCAAUAACCAUACUAAUGGAACUGGUCACCCAGGGAAUCAAGAUAGCAGUCACACACAGGGACCCCCGUUGAAAAAAGUGAGAGUUGUUCCUCCUACCACUACCUCAGGUGGACUAAUCAUGACCUCAGACUAUCAGCGUUCCAAUCCACAUGCUGCCUAUCCCAACCCUGGACCAAGCACAUCACAGCCACAGAGCAGCAUGGGAUACUCAACUACCUCCCAGCAGCCUCCGCAGUACUCACAUCAAACACACCGGUACUGAGCUGCGUUGGAAUAUUGUCAAUGCACUGUUGUUCAUGCUUCAGGACUGACUGUGCAGCUCUCUGAAGGAACCUGGUAUGGGCCAUGAGAAUGUACUGUACAACCACAUAUUCACAGUGUCCAGUAACCAAGUUCCAUCACUUUUCACAGAUUGGGGUAGUGGCUUCCAAGUUGUACUUAUUUUGGAGUUAGACUUGAAAAGAAAGUGCUAGCACAGUUUGUGUUGUGGAUUUGCUACUUCCAUAGUUUACUUGACAUGGUUCAGACUGACCAAUGCAUUUUUUUCAGUGACAGUCUGUAGCAGUUGAAGCUGUGAAAUGUGCUAGGGGCAAGCAUUUGUCUUUGUAUGUGGUGAUUCUUUCAGUGUAACAACAUUAUCUGACCAAUAGUACACACACACACACACACACAUGCACGCACACACGCACGCACACACGCACACAAGUUUAACUGGUACUUGAAACAUACAGUAUAUAUUAACUCAUCAAAAUAACCAAGCCUCAAAAUGAGAUUAUUUUGGUACACCUUUCAUUUUAGUGUCUUAUCAGUGAAUUACUCAUUUUCUACAUUAAUCAGUGUUUUUUGACCAAGUAUAUUGGUGGGUUUUUUUCAAAGUACAAAAGCCACAUGGUUUUUCCAGAAAGGUUUCAAAACUCCCAAAGAUUAAUUUCCAACUUAGAUGUUUGUUUUUAUUUUCAAUCUAUGACUUGACUGGUAUUAAAGCUGCUAUUUGAUAGUAAAUAAGUAUGUUGUCAUUGAUAUAAACCUGUUUGGUUCAGCAAACAAACUAAAAUGAUUGUCAUAGACAGUGUUUUAUUUUUCCUGUUGGUGUUGCUGAUUUGUGAGCAUGCUUUAAGAUGAAAAAAGCAUGAAUGAUAAAUUCCUUAAAAAGGUGCGGCAUCCAAUUCAGAUAUUUUGUCUUGAUUUUAAAGCUGGUUGGUGUAGUGCUAUUAAAAUUUUGUUCAGUUAAUUUUCUUUUUUAAAACUCGUUCGCACGUUGUUUAGGGUGCCCUUACUUCAGCAAAGGAGAAGGAGUAGGAGAGCCUUAGAAUUUUUGAGGAAAAAAAAAACUAUAACAUACAAUGUACUGUAUCAAACUAUUUUACAUGAAUGACACAAGUAUUCUGAAUUUAAAAAAAUUGAACAUUGUUAAAAACAAGGUGUUACGUAAUAAAUUUAUUUUUCAUAAA